AUUCGAAUCAUUAUUCAUUACGUGUAAUAAUAAAACAGAAAAAUAUUUAAAAUGAGCAAGAUAAAAUUCACUAAAGAAGAUCUGAAAAAUAAAUUGGAGGGGAAUGUACUUGAUUUAAGUAUGUCUGAUCUUUCUAAAGUACCAGUACGAGAGUUGGCAGCAUUGCCAAAAGCCACCUCGCUUGAUUUAUCAUCUAAUAUACUAACAACCUUACCUGCAACAUUCUCAAUGUUAACCCAUUUAACCACAUUAGACCUAAGCCAAAAUACAUUAACUGAAUUGCCAGAUGAAUUUGGUCAGUUAGUUAACCUGUGGAGACUUGAUUUAUACAGCAAUAAACUGACAGAAAUGCCAGUGAGUUGUGUGCACCUUAAAAGAUUAAAAUGGCUUGAUUUGAAAGAAAAUCCAAUCCAAGCAUUGUUACCAAAAGUGGUUGGAGACUGCCUCAAUGAUGAAGAGUGUAAACGCUGUGCUGCUAACAUGAUUGCACAUCUCAAAAUGAUAAAUUCUGAACAGGAAAGGAAAAGACAGAAAAAGUUGAAAGUAGAAAGAGAAAUUGAAAAAGAAAAAAAGAUUAUCGAGGAAGCUGAAGCAGCCAAAGAACGAGAAUUAAAAAGAAGGCAAAAAAUGUUGCAAAAACAAGAACGUAGAGCAGCCUAUGAGGCGAUGGAAAAACUAAAGAAAUCAUCAGCUGAAGAAGCUGAGAGAAAGAUAAAGGAAGAAAAAUCUGUCAACGAUGAACGCGUUUCACAGAACGGAAAUAAGCAAUCAGAAACAUCCCGCUGUUCUUUUACAUUCAUCGUUUCUCUUAUUGGAUUAAUAUUUGGAAUAACUGCUCUAUUUUUAUACUGCAAUAACAAUGACUGUAUUCCUACUAAAUUGAAGCAGAUGUUAUAGUAUAUAUAAAAUAAUGAUGAUUGUAAAUUG